ACUUACGUACACACACCAAGCACAAACAUGGAGAAGGGUGGCAGCUAUUGAUGAGGAACUGAAACUCCGAUUUCACCCGACAACCAGGGAAAAGGAAGUUGAAGUUGGGGUUGCUGCAACAAUGGCACAUGCUAACACUUCUUUUGCUUUAUCUGAACCUGAAUUUGAGAUGGUGAAACACAUAAUCGACAUUCGAGACUUAGAAGACUUCAAGUUUUCAGAGUGCAGCAUCUACAAGGUUCCUUGCAAUCUUAGGAAGGUGAAUGAGGAAGCCUAUACUCCUCAAUUGAUCUCAAUAGGUCCCAUUCACCUUGGCAAAGAAGAAUCGAAGCCAAUGCAAGAGCACAAAAAAAGAUAUUUCCAUUUCUUCUGGGAGCGUGUAUAUAAUGAACAAGCCAUGAACAGCUACAAAGAUUAUCUUGAAACCAAAGAACAAGAAAUAAAGCAAUGUUAUGCACACAAAUUCCCUGAAAUCAGCAAGGAGAAAUUCAUGGACAUGGUGUUGUUGGACUCUGUGUUCAUCAUGGAACUCUUUCUAAGGAACAGUUCAUGGAAAUCAGGUUCAUUCAAACAUGAGCAUGAAUAUGUGCAAACCAAAUCAUUUCGAUUUAAACACAGUGAUGAUUACAUUUUGACACAGUCAUGGCUCAGCAAGGACAUUGCAAGGGACUUGAUACUAAUAGAAAAUCAAAUUCCAAUCUUUGUGCUAAAGGAACUGUAUAAUACAGUUGUUCCUGAAGUUGACAAAAAGAAAGAACAUCCUUCCUUUGUUGAACUUGCACUUGAAUACUUUGCAUUUUAUGACACUCAGAGAUCCUCUUCUGAUGAAACCAAGGUUCUUUUGGACAAGAACCAGCAGUCCAAGAAACACUUCUUCACUAGCACAAUUCUCGGUUUGAAGAAACCUUUGGAUAAAUCAAUGCCCAAAGAUAGGUAUAAAAAUCUAAAGCAUUUCACUGAUUUGAUAAGAUUUUUCUACCUUCCUGCUGAAAUGGGAAAUAGUGGUUGUUCCCUUAAUGUGCUAAGAACAGCAACAAAGUUACAAGAAUCAGGGGUAAGCUUUGAGAAAGAUAAGGAAAGAAGGUUACUUGAUAUAACCUUUAAUAAGAAGCCAUUUCUGAGUUCAUUUCUUUGCUUGAAUUGUUUACCAUAUUUGAACCAUUUCAAAGCACGAUUUGUGAUUCCUCAAUUGAACGUUGAUCACACAACAGAAUGUGUUCUGAGGAACCUCAUUGCUUUUGAGCAGUGUCACUAUCCAGAACAACCUUAUCUUUGCAACUAUGUUUCACUUAUUGAUUCUCUCAUACACACUCGGGUUGAUGUUGAAUUGCUGGUUGAAAAGGAAGUUAUUGUGCAUGAAUUGGGAAGUGAUAAGGAAGUGGCAACUCUUGUUAAUGGUCUUUGCAAACAUGUUGUGACAAAUUCAACAUGUUACUAUGAGACUAUUAAUGAGCUUAAUAAGCAUUACCAGAAUGUUUGGAAUCGUACCAUGGCUGCAUUGUGGUUGGUGUAUUUCAGAGACCCUUGGAGAGCAAGUUCCACUGUGGUUGGGAUUGCUGUGCUCAUUUUCGCUGUGUUCAAUUUCCUACGUGUUGUUGAUUAUUUGUUCUAGCUAGCUAUACAUAUUAUAUAGAUGUCGGUUGUUUCGUGCAUGUAUGAAUGAAUGAAUAAACAGUGUGUCAUCGAAUGUAAUCUCACUAGUACAAAUACAUUGAAUCCUGGGUUGUAAAUGUAUGAAUGAAUGAA